AUGGCUGAUUCUCAGCACCUUCAUUGCUUCUACAUCACGGCAACAAUCAUAACCUAUGUUCUGACCCAUUCGUGCGCCGAUGGAGCUAGGCCACAGGAUUUAGGCACCUAUUCACUGCAGCAGCAAGCUCCGACGAACCCAAUUCAUACGGACAGAUUCGGGGUGGGAGUCGCCCUGCCCGUGACUGCAGGGCCUGGAGGUGGAAGCUACGUAGUCACAGUUGGAUUCGGCACCCCAAAAGUCGACUUCCCUCUGCUCUUUGACACCGGGAGCGACGUGAGUUGGGUGUACUGCCACUCUUGUUCUCAAGGCUGCACCCCUGGCUCGCCCACUUUCAACCCUUCACUGUCUUCUACCUCCUCCAGCGUCCCCUGCAAGGCUGCCUGCGAUUACGCCGUGGAGUACCACGACCGGUCUCAAUCGAUUGGGGUUUACGCCAGAGACACGAUCUCCCUGGCGGAUACCGAGUCUCAGGAAGGGUUCAUAUUCGGUUGUGCUGAAAAAGUCAGUGGGGACUUUGGUCGAACAGCUGGUGUGCUUGGGCUCGGACAAGGGCAGUUCUCGCUGCUGGCACAGACCGAUCCGAAUCUCUUCAGCAUCUUCUGUUACUGCCUUCCGCCCACGGAUUCCGCAACUGGGGUGCUCUGGUUCGGGGUCCAAGCGAUGGAGAGCUGCCGGCCGGGAGCUUCCAAGAUGAUCUCGCUCGUUGUCGAACCGAACAACAACGGGCUCACCAACUAUUUCGUCAAAUUCACCGGCAUAACGAUUGGGUCCCAGAGAUUGGACUUCAAUUCCUUGGUCUCUUCGCCGAUGAGCACGAUCAUCGAUUCGGGAACCGUCGUGACGCGGCUUCCUCCGGCGGUCUAUUCGGCGCUCCGGGCGGCGUUCCGGGGGAUGAUGUCGGGGUAUCCCGCAGCGGAGCCGACUAAUCUGUUGGAUACUUGCUAUAAUUUGGAGGGGCGUGAGCAGGAUUGGACGCCGCCGGCGAUGGCGAUGCAUUUUGAGGAUUCGGUGGACGUGGGACUGGAUCCGUCGGCGGUAACGCUGAGGGAAGGAGAUGGGGAAUCGGCGUCUCGAGUUUGCUUGGCUUUCGCCGGUAACGGCGAUGAGAAUGAAUUGACGAUUAUUGGGACCCAACAGCACCGCGGGUUGAGGGUUUACUACGAUAUCAAUGGCCAGAAACUGGCGUUCGCCGCUGGUGGCUGCUGA